AUGACGUUAUUGGUUAACCAGCCCUCAGAAUGGGUAAGCGAACUGGAAACGCUUGUUGAGACCGAGGUGUGGCUAGAUGAGUCAUACAGGGCCAUGCGGUGGCAUGCAUACUUUAUCUACCUGGGGCAGGUCAGUCUCAAAUGCAUCGAGGGAGAAGACUACGAUGUCCCUGGUCUUUUGUGGGAGUUUUUUUCCCACUUCUGGUACAUAAGAGAUGAGCGGGAGGACAGCUUGGGCCUUAUGGAAAUAGCGGAAAUGCAACCGGAUCUGACUUUUCUGGCUAACUUGGAGUGGGAGCUCGAGCAGGAAUACGCUCGCCUAUUUAACCGAGUAACACUACCUGUCUCUGACAUGAUGGAGCUUAUGGACUGUACACCACCGGAAGCAUUGAGUUUCAUCCCUCCUCCCCAGCAAAUAAGUCAGGAGACCUGG